AUGGCGCGCCUGGUGCUCGGUCUGGUGAGCUGCACCCUCUUCCUCGCGGCGAGCGGGCUGUACUCCUCCAGCGAUGACGUCACCGAGCUGACGCCGUCAAACUUCAACCAGGAAGUUAUCCAGAGCAACAGCUUGUGGCUCGUAGAGUUCUUCGCUCCAUGGUGUGGCCACUGCCAACGGUUAACACCAGAAUGGAAGAAAGUAGCAACUGCAUUAAAAGGGGUGGUGCGCGUGGGCGCGGUGGACGCCGACAAGCAUCAGUCCCUCGGCGGUCAGUACGGAGUGCAGGGAUUCCCCACCAUCAAGAUUUUUGGGUCCAACAAGAACAGACCGGAAGAUUACCAGGGCGGCAGGACUGCGGACGCCAUCGUGGAUGCCGCUCUCAGUGCCCUGCGCCAGCUCGUCAAGGACCGCCUCGGGGGCAGGAGCUACAGUUCUGGGAAACAGGGUCGAAGUGAAAGUUCAAGUAAGAAAGAUGUGAUCGAGCUGACGGACGACAGCUUUGACAAGAACGUUCUGGACAGUGAAGACGUUUGGAUGGUUGAGUUUUACGCCCCCUGGUGUGGACACUGCAAAAACCUCGAGCCGGAAUGGGCCGCGGCGGCUACGGAGGUGAAAGAGCAAACGAAAGGCAAGGUGAAGCUGGCGGCGGUGGAUGCCACGGCCAACCAGAUGCUGACCGGCCGGUACGGGAUUAGGGGAUUUCCUACGAUCAAGAUAUUCCAGAAAGGCGAGUCUCCUGUGGACUAUGACGGGGGGCGGACCAGAUCCGACAUCGUCUCCCGGGCGAUGGACCUGUUUUCCGAUAACGCCCCGCCUCCGGAGCUGCUCGAGAUCAUCGGUGAGGACGUCGCCAAGAAGACGUGUGAGGAGCACCAGCUCUGCGUGGUGGCCGUCCUGCCCCACAUUCUGGACACGGGAGCUGCAGGCAGAAACUCUUACUUGGAAGUUCUCCUGAAGCUGGCAGACAAGUACAAGAAGAAGAUGUGGGGGUGGCUGUGGACGGAGGCCGGCGCGCAGUCAGAGCUGGAGAACGCGCUGGGGAUCGGGGGCUUUGGCUACCCCGCCAUGGCGGCCAUCAACGCACGCAAGAUGAAGUUCGCUCUCCUGAAAGGCUCUUUCAGCGAGCAGGGCAUUAACGAGUUUCUCAGGGAGCUGUCCUUUGGGCGAGGAUCUACGGCGCCGGUAGGAGGCGGGGCUUUCCCCGCCAUCAGCACCAGAGAGCCGUGGGACGGCAAGGAUGGCGAGCUUCCUGUGGAAGACGACAUUGACCUCAGCGACGUGGAGCUGGACGACCUGGGGAAGGACGAGCUGUGA